UUAGCAGUUUAUAUUUACUAAAAUAAUUGCAUUUCCAUGUCCUGUGUACUGUGGGAGACCAGAUAUAGUGAAUGCAGGCUCCGGGGGAGACCAGAUAUAGUGAAUGCUGGGUCCGGGGAGAGCAGAUAUAGUGAAUGCAGGGUCCAGGGAGACCAGAUAUAGUGAAUGCAGGGUCCGGGGAGACCAGAUAUAGUGAAUGCAGGGUCCAGGGAGACCAGAUAUAGUGAAUGCAGGGUCCGGGGAGAGCAGAUAUAGCGAAUGCAGGGGUCUGGGGAGAGCGGAUAUAGUGAAUGCAGGGUCCUGGGAGACCAGAUAUAGUGAAUGCAGGGUCCUG